CAUUCUUCCCAUCAACCAAACAAACUUGCCAUAAUUUUGCAGUUUCUCUUCAGAAACAUACAUCAAAAACGAAGACAAAAUGCAAAUUUUUGCAAUUUUGGGUCUUGUAGGGGUUACACUAGGAAUGGUUGGCGCCGCGGCGGUGCCAGAAAGUAAGGGCGCUCCAAAGACGUGUGCCGAACUCAAUGUCACGCUUGGCGGCCAAUGCGAUCCCGCCGUAGAUUGUCAUCAGUGCGGUUAUUGCGACAAAUUCAUUCGAUGUGGCAACUCUACGAGAACCUGGGAUGAGGUGGCCUGUGACGUGAAGGUCGAGGAUGACGGAUCGAUUCUUGUGACAGGAAAAUUAUUCUGGAAUCAAGGAUCCAACGAGCAUGGGGGAAUAUGCGACCUGUGGGACGAACUGCCUGACGACCAGCAAACGCAAUAUCGUGCCGAUCCCGAUUGCAAACCAGGCUGUGAGUUCAAAUCGGACGCUGCCUGUCUUCGCCGAUAUACGUACAAAGACCCCAAAUUUGAAGCUGGUUUGUGGGACAGUGCCCCCAAGACUUUGAUGUGUCCUGCAUUCACCCAGUGGAACAAUACCGAACUUACCUGCCAAUUUUGUCACGAUGGUGGAGACUGUAAUGCUAAUUGCUAAAUGAAAAAAAAAUCAUAAUUUCCUAACUAUUCAAAAUCCUCAUGCUUUCAAAAGGAGUUGUAAUGACCUUUGUUCUUAUGUCUUUUAAUUUUAUCCUGUCCAUUCAUUCAUGACCGUAAUUCGGAGUUAGCUUUUAAUUGCUGAAUAAUAAAUAUUGUACAACAUAAAACUUAA